AUAUAUUCUACUAGGUUUGACUCAAUCUAGCGUUAGUAUGUCGAAUAUAUAAAUUUAUGUUUUAUUGAGUAGGAUUCUCAUCUUCUUCCAUACAUGGAUGCCUCGUUGGCGGGCAAUAAAGAAGAUGAAGUUGUUGAAUUGGUAAAGUUAGGAAUUACGCCAGAGAAACAGAUAGGCGAGGGAAGCUAUUCCCACGUUAAGUCUGCAAUUUGGAAGUCUGAAAAUAAUGACGAGUCUAUCCGCGUCGCCCUCAAAGUUAUUAAUAGGGCAACAGCCCCGGUUGAGUUCAAGAAAAAGUUUCUGCCUCGCGAGCUGAAGAUUUUAAAUGGACUUAAGCAUCCUAAUAUUAUUCAAAUGUAUAAUGCUUUCAAUAUAAAAAAUAAAACGUAUAUAUGCCUUGAAUUUGCUGGGCACGGCGAUUUACUGGAAUUUGUUCAGCUUCGGGGUCCUCUUGAAGAAGGCGAGACGCGAAAAUUAUUCACUGCAAUUUGCGAUGGAAUUUCAUACCUUCAUGAAAGGGGAGUGGUCCACCGAGACUUGAAGUGUGAAAAUAUACUUCUCGGCAAUAACAAUGAAAUAAAAAUUGCCGAUUUUGGAUUUGCUCGCGAAAUAGGAAAUUCGGAAUUGAGCAAAACGUUCUGCGGAAGUGCAGCUUAUGCAGCACCAGAGGUGAUUAAAGGGAUUGCUUACGAAGGAAGAAACGCGGACUUGUGGAGCAUGGGUGUAAUCCUGUACAUCAUGGCCUGCUGUGUCAUGCCUUUCCGAGAUCGGAAUAGAUCAACAUUAAUUCAUGAUCAAAUGCUGCCUCCGCGAUAUCCUCCGAAAGUUGCCGAAAAGCUUAGUGAACCUUAUAAAGACUUGGUGGCUGGGAUUUUGAAUCACAUUUCCGAUGAAAGGUACAGUUUGCAACAAAUAUGUGCGCAUUCUUGGAUGGACCCAUCUUUCGGAAAUAUAAAGAGCAGCGCGCUUUCGAUACAAGAGGCGAAGAUUAAAAAGGAAUACUCCACCGACUCGGGUUAUGAUAGCGCUACCUCAGGAGAAUCAUCCAGGUUUUCCGCUAAUACGAGUCGGAAAUCUAUUACAAAAAGAAAUAUUAGUUCGAGAGUUUUCACUAAGAAAAUAACUCGUGACAAAGUGUGACAAUAUACAAGCGAUGAUUUUAUAAAAAUAUAUUGAUGAAUUCUAAUA